AUGCCCGCUGGCAUGUUCAGUAUCGACAGUAUCCUGGCAGGCCGAGCUGGCAGAGCUGGCAGAAGUACCAGAGGAGGUUGUAAGGAGUCUCUGCUGAUCGGUGGCGACGACGGGCCGCUGCUGUUCCCCGGUUUAACGGACGCAUUGGGAGCGGCGGCUCCUGAUUAUAGUGGAGUGUAUUCAUCGCGGAUACCCGCCUACAGCUCCUACUGCUACAGCGCCGGCGCACCACCGACCUGCUGCGGAUCCUUACCCAGCCAGUGCCCAUGCAUGCCAACAGUGUUCGACAGUCCGGGUUCGGUGCUGAUGUCCCCGGUUCCUCCUCCUCACAUAUUGUCCUACAUGUCCAUGUCCCCUCUGGCCCCCCUCACCCCCCUGAGCUCGGUGUCCCGGGCGGAGCUUCAGCUCCUCAAUCAGCUGCACUGCAGGAGGAAGCGGCGCCACCGCACCAUCUUCACCGAUGAGCAGCUGGAGGCCCUGGAGGGGCUGUUCCAGGAGACCAAGUACCCAGAUGUGGGCACCAGAGAGCAGCUGGCACGGAAAGUGCACCUGCGCGAGGAGAAAGUAGAGGUUUGGUUCAAAAACAGACGAGCAAAAUGGAGAAGACAGAAACGAUCAUCAUCCGAGGAAUCAGAAAACACGCAGAAAUGGAACAAAUCCGCCAAAGGCGCAACGACGGCGGAGAAAACUGAGGAAAGCAAAAGCGAGCCGGACUCGGACAGCUGAUACACACACACACACACACACACACACAUACACACACACACACACACACACAAACACACACACACACACACACACACACA